AUGCAUCAUUUGAAUGCGGUCGGUAAUUUGGGACGUGUUGAUUACGUAUCUGAAGCAGAAUACGAUCUGUUCAUUCGGCCUGAUACAUGCAAUCCUCGUUUUCGUUGUUGGUUUAAUUUUACCGUUGAAAAUGUAAAAACUGAUCAGCGUGUAAUAUUUAAUAUCGUGAAUUUCAGUAAAGCAAAGUCGUUAUAUCGUGAAGGAAUGUCACCGCUUGUUAAAUCAACUAGUCGAAAACGUUGGCAACGCUUACCACCUCGAAGCGUUUUUUAUUAUCGUUGUCCAGAUCACAGACGAAAUUACGUCAUGUCUUUUAUCUUUUGUUUUGAUCGAGAAGAUGAUGUGUAUCAAUUUUCGUAUUCGUUCCCGUAUACAUAUGCAAAAUUACAAUCCUACUUGGAUAAUAUUGAUUUACGUGAAUAUGAUUAUGUACAAAGGAGGCCACUCGUUUACAGUGUUCAAAAACGUCGAUUAGAUUUGUUGGAAGUGGCCAGCCCUGAAUUACUUGUCAAAGGAAAAAAGAAAAAAGUUGUAAUUAUUACUGCUCGUGUUCAUCCCGGUGAAUCACCAUCUAGUUAUGUUUGUCAAGGUUUUAUUGACUUUAUAAUCAGCAGUCAUCCGGUUGCUCGUAUAUUGCGCGACAAUGUGGUAUUUUACAUCGUACCUAUGCUCAAUCCCGAUGGUGUUUUUCUUGGCAACCAACGAUGCUCACUUUUAGGAUUUGAUCUAAACCGUGUUUGGAAUGAACCAUCGAGUUGGGCGCAUCCAGAAAUUUAUGGAAUUAAAACGCACAUAAUGAAAUUAAAUGAAGAUGCGGAUUUCGAAGUCGAUUUUUUCAUUGACAUUCACGCUCAUUCAACGAUGAUGAAUGGUUUUAUGUAUGGAAAUAUUUAUGAAGAUUUAAGUCGUUUUGAAAAACAUAGUAUAUUUCCAAAAUUACUUGUACGUUUUACACAAUUUCCGAAUUCUUGUUUUUUACUUCGUUUAUUUUAA